AUGCCCAAGCCGGCUCCCAAGAACGUUGACUCGAAGAAGAGGAAGGCCUCCAUGAGCGCUUCUGCGCCGGCCAAGAAGGUUGCUGUUGCGGACAAGAAGAGCCCUAAGCCCAAGGCUGCCCCUGUUAAGGCUUCUGAGAAGGCCACGGCUCCGGCAGAGGCCAAGAAAAACGUUACCAAGAAGAGGCCUGCACCGACGGACGAGGAGGAGGUCGAGGAGGAGAAGGCUGUUCCCGCGGGCGCUGCUGAUGUUAUCCCAUUACCUGAGGAGGCAAACGUCGAGGAGGAGUCUUCUGAUGAUGAGGAGGAGGAUGAUCAGACCGAGGCUUUGAUUAAGGGUUUUGAGUCGAGCGACGAUGAGGAGGUGGAUUCAUCCGACGAUGAGGCAGAGUCAAAGAAGCCCGUAACAAUCGCCUUGAAGCCCGCGGACGAGAAGGAGCUGAAGCAGAAGCUUGCCAAGGCCAAGCCAUCAAAUACCCCCGGAGUUGUCUACCUCGGUCGUAUCCCUCACGGUUUCUAUGAGGACGAGAUGAAGGCGUACUUCGCUCAGUUCGGAGAGGUCACCCGUCUUCGUCUCUCGCGUAACCGCAAGACCGGAAAGUCUAAGCACUACGCUUUCGUCGAGUUUGCAUCGGAGGAGGUUGCCCAGAUCGUCGCUGACACAAUGAACAACUACCUUUUGUUCAACCACAUUCUCAAGUGCAAGCUUGUCCCGAAGGACGAGGUUCACGAGAAUUUGUUCGUUGGUGCCAACCGCAAGUUCAAGGCAGUGCCAUGGAACAAGAUCGCCAAGCAGCAGAAUGAGAAGCCCAGAACGAAGGAGCAGUGGGAGAAGCUUGAGGUUAAGGAGAAGAAGAGAAGAGAGGAGCAACAGAAGAAGUUGGAGGCUGCUGGUAUUGACUACAAGUACGAGAGUGCGAGCGAGAAGAAGGUCGCUGAGCCUGCAGCAGCUCCGGAAGCUGAGAAGAAGGCAGCACCUCAGGCGGCGAAGAAGAAUAUCAAGAAGAGGAAGUCUACCGGAAAGUGA